AUGGAAUAUUCAUUUGAAUGGCGCAUAAAACAGGGAAGCACUCUAACGAAUUCGACUAUUAAAACGUCGGUAUCGGUAUUUGUGAACGUUACUGUUUGUUUUAACACGAGAGCGAGUGCGUCUUGUUUUAAUGUGGAUGCAAACAUGAUCGUUCGCAUGAGAUGUGCUUGUCUUCGAGUGUCAGUCUGCUCAUGUUCGAUCAUUUAUGUGCACGAUGAGCAGCUGGAGCCCAGCCCCGCCUCGAGUUACCCAUCGCAGAGAAAACACUGGAAAGAGAUGAUGAGGAACUUCAUGUUCGAUGAUAGGAGCGACAGCGAGCGGCUGAAGAGAGCCGACGAAGCCACAGGUGAAUCAAAUUACUAUGGCGAUGACGACAACAACGAUGAUGCUGGUUUUGAUGAUGCUGGACGUAAGAAACGAGCUGGCAGUGGAAAAAAAGACGGCGGUGACUACGCUCUUCUGAAGAAAGAUCACAGAAAAUGUUUUUUCAGUCCGGUUUCUUGCUACAAGUGUGGCUGCCUGAGUGCAAAGGGCCCAACAUGA